GAUUGUGUGCUCUGCAACACUACAUUCUUUUGAUGUGAAAAAACUAUCUGAAAAGAUCAUGCAUUUUCCCACCUGGGUUGAUUUGAAAGGAGAAGAUUCUGUCCCUGAAACUGUACACCAUGUGGUUGUGCCUGUAAAUCCAAAAGCUGACAAACUCUGGGAAAGGCUCGGCAAGAAUCAUAUCAGAACUGAUGAAGUACAUGCAAAAGACAACACACGACCUGGUGCUAACACUCCAGAAAUGUGGUCUGAAGCUAUUAAAAUUCUGAAAGGAGAAUACACCGUUCGGGCAAUCAAAGAACAUAAGAUGGACCAAGCCAUUAUUUUCUGCAGGACUAAAAUAGAUUGCGAUAAUAUGGAGCACUACUUUAUUCAACAGGGUGGAGGGCCUGAUAGGAAGGGACAUCAGUUCUCAUGUGUCUGUCUGCAUGGUGACAGAAAACCUCAAGAAAGAAAGCAAAACCUGGAAAGAUUUAAGAGAGGAGAUGUCCGUUUCUUGAUCUGCACAGAUGUUGCUGCUAGAGGAAUUGAUAUUCAUGGUGUUCCAUAUGUUAUCAAUGUCACACUCCCUGAUGAAAAACAGAACUAUGUCCAUCGAAUUGGGAGAGUGGGCAGAGCUGAGAGGAUGGGAUUGGCAAUCUCCCUUGUGGCAAAAGAGAAAGAAAAGGUUUGGUAUCAUGUAUGCAGUAGUCGUGGAAAAGGAUGUUAUAAUACUCGAUUGAAGGAAGAAGGAGGUUGUACCAUAUGGUACAAUGAGAUGCAGUUGCUGGGGGAGAUUGAAGAACACUUAAACUGCACUAUUGCCCAAGUUGAACCAGACAUAAAAGUACCAGUAGAUGAUUUUGAUGGGAAAGUUACGUAUGGGCAGAAAAGAGCUCUGGGUGGUGGACUGUAUAAAGGCCAUGUGGAUAUUCUGGCACCUACAGUACAAGAGUUGGCUGCCCUUGAAAAGGAGGCUCAGACAUCUUUCUUGCAUCUUGGCUAUCUUCCUAACCAGCUGUUCAGAACAUUCUGAUUGUGCCACACUUGAGACAAGACUUAGUUAAAUGCUCCACCCUGCAAAUACAAAAAUCACAUACUCUCUCUGAGUUGCAGUAGUUAGAAAAGGAUUAAAAUUGAAUAUACUUCUUGCGUGAUUAAAAGUGUGUUCAGCAUUGCUAACUCCCUGUUAGCUGUUGUCUUGAUAAAAUAAAACAAGUCAAAGAU